GACAAGGCAGCAGCACGUGGUCACUACUCUGCACGCACCAGAUCUGCCCAGGCUGCCGGCUCUGUCACUGUGUCCACUAGGCCAGUCCUCACCAGCUAUAGAUGCCUUCUGUCUCCAGGAUGAGAAUGGUCUGAACUGGCCACAGACCUGAAAGUGGAGAUGAAAGAAAAUCCUGGGAUGAGGAUGCAAAAUUGCCAUGAGCUGCAGUGGACAGGAACCCGCAGACCACAAACAGCCGUAUGGAAGAUCCAGAAAUCAGAUGUACGCAGGGACAACUACAGUAAAUCAGCGCAAGGACACAUCUACGACAUUCAAUCUCCUACAUUUUCAGUGAGUCCAGAAUCUUCAUUUGGAAGCUACAAUUCCUCUCAAGUCAUUGACUUGCACACAUCUAGAGCUUCACAUGGAUCCUGUAAACUUAGCAACUCUGCUUUAUCCACAGACAGAAAACUUCCUCACAUCCAUAACUGUACUGAGCUCUCCAAGACUAGCACAUCCUUAGAAGGCUACUCGGUGAAUCUACAGUACAACGGGAAUCCAACCAAUCAAACCUACCUGACAUCUGUAGAGAUUAAGACUCCGUGGUACAUAAGUGUUCUCAAUGAGAAGGAACGUUGCCUUCUUAAACUGGGAGAAGAGAUAAACCGGCUUUUAAGAUAUGAAGUACAAUGCAAGAGAAAAGAUCAGGUCAUCUCCAAUCUGAAGAAUGAAGUAUUACAGCUUCAGAGUGAUGUCCAUAGAUCGGUCUACCCACAGACUGGGAGAGAAGAGGACAAGUCAUCUAUAGACCAUCUUGACCAACUAAAUUUGCACACAGAGAAAGAAUGUCUCCCUUUUAAAGAGUACCCCACGGAUGUAACAGAAGGAAAAUCACAAUCAGUAUCAAGCCAUAAGGAUUUAUCUAUGAGUUCGGAGGGAAAGGCAUCUGCUGUAUCCUUGGCAGAAAGCUUGCCUGAAAACCAGAGAAAAAGCCAAAGCAUACUAAUGGAAACAGAGAUUUUAAUUGAUGACAUCACAUCAAAAGAAGAUGAAGAAGAAUCUAAUUUGCCCAUGGAUCAACCUGAAGACAACAGUCAGCUUAUCCAGAAACUAAAGGAAGACAUGGAGAUCAUAAGGAAGGACUAUGAGAUGUCAAAAGGAGUCAUUUCCUCCCUGCAGAAGACGGUUUCAUCUCACGAGUCCAAACUGAGGAAAUCGGCCUCUGAAAAAGAAGCUUUACAGACAGAACUGAGGGAGAGAGAGAUUCAGAUACAAGCCAUGUCCAAGAAGUUUUCAAGUUUGCGAGAAGAAAGAAAACAUGAAGAGAUGAUGGCUUCCUUGGAACAGGAGAACUGCAGUCUUAGAGAGAUGAUAUGUGAACUCAAAUCCGAGGUGAUGAGGAGGAACGAAAUGAUUGCCGAAUUAAAGAGUGAAGUUCAAAGACUGCAGAAAGAGAUAAGCAAAUAUCAGACAGAAGUGAAGAAGCAAGAGGGGGAGACAAGUCAGAUCAAGAGCAAGGCAGAGGACUUGGCUUCUUCUGAGCAACAUGUCAAGGUGGCUUUGGAGACGUUGCACACCAAGUAUGAACGACUGCGCAAUAAGAUAAUCCAGGCUGCAUACAUGGCCCCCGGAUUCAAGGGUCCACAGGUUGUAAUCUCAGAUAAUGAAAUCCUGGAAACCAUGCAGAAAAUAAUUGCAGACCGGUCGGAUUUUCAUCAGCAACUAAAACAGAAAGGAGCGAAGGUCUCUCCACUUUACAUAUCAGAAACAUCUUCUGCCACCAAGCAGACAUCAUCUCCUUCUAGAAAGAAAGCUACAUGAGAGUGACGCCGUCUUAAGACUAUGGUCAUGUAAGGCACACAAGCCACUUUAAGAGCCCCUAAUAAAGUCAUAAUGGGGCUGAGACUUGUAAAUGGACCUGUACAAUAUGAUUUAUACUAGGCUUAGACCGGGUGGUCCACAGAGCUGGGCCCCAGAGGAAAAAAAAAAUUGUUUAGGUUGGUCUAGUCCUGUGAUGGCGAACCUCUGGCACUCCAGCUGUGGGAAAACUACAACUCCCAAAAUGCACACUUUCUUGGCUGUUCUCAGAACUCCAUAGAAUCGAAUGGAGCAUGCUGUGAGUCAUAGUUUCACCACAGCUGGAGUGCCUCCUGUUGCCAUUUCUCACCACUUUCCCAUCCGUUGCAGGGCAGAAGGGUGGCAUUACCCUGCCGUCCUUCCUCUCAAGAUGCUAUGAUUGUAAAUAUGGCAAGCCCUGUUUAGGCCAACACAGCCCAUAAGGUAGAUACUUUUUGGGGCACAUUUAUUAAUACUGGCGUUUUAGACGCCGGUCUUAAUAAACCACUAAGCUGGCGGUGGAUCAACCAAAGUUAUGAAGAGGGGUAGAAAAUGGUAAAUGAAACAGGCUUUCCAGUCCGACCCCUUCCCUGCCCGGACCACGCCCACUUUUUUAGACCUGGCGUGAGGGGGAGAAGUCACAGAAUGUGGCGCAACUAUUUGUAUAUAGGCGUAUUUCUGCUUAAUAAAUGACUCCCUUUUUAGAUUGCUUUGUUUUUAAUAAGCUUACUCCGUUUAAACAUUCUUACUCCUUUUUGAAUGAGUGGACUGUCCAUAAGGACACAUAUUAGGAUGAUCAGGUAUGUCUAAUUUAUUAACGGUAAAAUGCAGAAUGAUAUAUGAAUCAUUUUACUGGGCCUUUAAGUUUUUAAGAUUUUUGGUGCAAGUGUGAAGCAAUUUAUCUAUGUUUUUUAUUGUCCAUGUUUUGUAUUGUUUCAUAUUUACUUCCCUCAUCAUUUGUACAAUGCCAAUGCUUAAUAAAAGGUUAAUUAU